AUGCGGAGCUCCGUGCACGUCCCAGCCGCGGUGGAGGCGCUGCUGGGCCACCCGGUGGCGGCACUGUCGGAGAGGCCGGCGCCGCGGCUGUCGCGGCUGCUGGUGAACGUGACGGUGGAGCGGAGCCUGUGGCCGGUGCAUGUGGUGCUGGGCGCCGACGCUAAGGUGGCCGACCUGGCGCGUGCCACGGUCGACGCCUAUGCCGCCGAGGGUCGCAGGCCGCCGCUCCCGGCCGAGGACGGCGCAAUCGACAAGGCCGCACGGUUCUUGUUGCACCUCUCCAAAUACGCCCUCGACGCUCUGGACCCGGAGGCGAAGGUGGUGGACUUGGGCUCUCGCAACUUCUUCCUCUGCGCCCCCAGGUCGACGCUGAGAUCAGAUCAUCAUCUGCUUCUUCGCUCAUCGCUGACAUGUCUUAUGUCUGAAGGAAAGUAG